UGUUUUAUCAAUGUUUUAUGUCAUGAAAUGUAUUUCGCGCGACCGCAUCGCCGUUGUCUGCGCGAAUUCGGAAGAAAGACAAACAUGAGAAGAUCACGAGAAAUUUCUGACAAUCAAUCCACUUGCGAGCAAUUGCAGAGUUUUUGCGAAGCCACAUCUCGACCAAUCAUUUUAUGCAAUCCAUACAACACUACUACUAACGUGAUUAUUACUUUAGACAAAAUGGCAGAAAUAAAUACUUUAGGAUGGGUCGAUUAUCUAGUUAUAGCGAUAAUGUUGUGCAUAAGUGCUGGAAUUGGUGUUUAUUACAGAUUUAGUGGAGGACGUCAAAAAACUAUGGAGGAGUACUUCGUUGCAAGUCGAUCAAUGAACAUUAUACCUGUCGCUGUCGCCUUGGUGGUCUCUUUCAUGUCUGCUAUUACGCUGCUUGGCGUGUCCGCUGAGAAUUAUACAUAUGGGACACAAUUUGUUGUAAUAAAUUUAUCAUAUCUGUUGGGCACUCCGAUUGUAUGCUAUGGAUUCCUACCAGUAUUCUUCAAGUUGCAGGCGACGAGCGCCUAUGAGUACUUAGAAAAACGUUUCGGAGUAAGAGCUAGGAUGAUGGCUAGUUUUGUUUACUGGAUUCAACUACUUUUAUACUCAGGAGUGGUACUUUAUGCUCCUUCUUUAGCCUUAGAGGCAACAACAGGAAUUUCAAAGACUGCCAGUAUUGUUAUUAUUGGCCUCGUAUGUGCCUUCUACUCAACAAUAGGGGGCAUUAAGGCUGUGCUAAUUACUGAUGUAUUUCAAGGUUUACUCAUGUUUGUCGCCGUGUUCUUAAUUAUUGGCACAGCUGCUAACGAUAUAGGGGGAUUGGGACAAAUCUGGGAAAUCGCAAAGCAAGGACAACGGCUUGAGUUUGAUAGCAUCGAUGUGGAUCCAACAGUAAGACAUACCUGGUGGUCGCUUACGUUAGGUGGUUUAUGUACAUUUUUAUCACUUUACGGAGUAAAUCAAGUACAAAUCCAGCGUAUGUUGACUGUAAAAAAUAUGAAAGCUUCACAAAAAGCUAUGUGGCUAUCAUGGCCUAUUCUAUCGCUUCUUUCGAUUACAACUUGCUUUUCAGGAUUGGCAAUGUAUAGCAAAUAUCAUAACUGCGAUCCAUUUCUUAAGAAAAGAAUUAGUUCACCUGAUAUGCUUAUGCCAUUAUAUGUUAUGGACACGGUGUCCAAUAUACCUGGUUUACCAGGCAUCUUUGUUGCAGGCAUCUUUAGUGCAGGUCUCAGCACGAUAUCUGCGGCGCAGAAUUCUUUAGCGGCAGUAACGUUGGAGGAUUACAUGAAACCUUUAUACAAAAAAUGCGUUGGGCAUGAAUUUUCUCCUACAAAAUCAGCUUUCAUCGCUAAAGUGCUUGCUUUUAUGUUCGGUAUUAUUUCCAUUGCGCUGGCAUUUUUAGCGCAAUUUUUAGGAGGACUACUUCAGGCUUCAUUAACUAUUUUUGGAGUAGUCGGAGGUCCAUUGUUGGGUGUUUUCACGCUUGGCAUGGGUACGGAAUCAGCGACGGAAAGCGGUGCAAUAAUCGGUGCUCUCACGGCAUUCUCAUUUUUAUUCUGGAUAGUCUUCGGUCAGCCACGUCCAAUGCCACCUAAAUUACCUACUACUAUCGAAGGCUGUGAUAAUGUUGCAAAUAUAACAAUGUCCGUUUUGCAGAACGUCACGAGCUUCUCUAAAAGCACCGGCGACAGUUCAUAUUUCUAUCUGUAUCGUAUUUCGUACAUGUGGUAUUCACCCCUUGGAUUCUUAAUAACAUUUAUGCUUGGACUGGUUAUUAGUAACAUAUCUCGUUUGUUCUUCAAAAAACAAAACGAUGAAUUAGAUACUAAUUUAUUCUUUCCCAUGUUAGCGCGGCGUAUACGUUAUAGGCGAUGCAUGGAUGUAGAGAAUGAAAGAAAUUCUUCAUUAAGCAGAAAAUAUUCUCUUAACGACAUAAUUUAUAAGAAAGACGAUGCCGCUGAUAAAAUCUGUACAAAACUUUAA